AUGUCCUCUCAAAAGCGCAUCGAACAAUGGGAAAUCGACCGCUACUGGGAGAUCUUCUCCUCCCUCUCCAACAACAGCACCCACCUCAGUGGCUCCCAAGCCGCCUCAGUCCUCAAAAAUUCCCAACUACGCGACGACCAACUCGAGCGAAUCUGGGACAUCUCCGACAUCGACAGCGAUGGCCAGCUCGACUUUGAGGAAUUCUGCGUCGCUAUGCGGCUCAUCUACGACCUCAUGAACGGCGAAUACAACGACGUCCCCCAAAGUCUGCCGGAUUGGAUGGUGCCUGAAUCCAAAGCAUACCUCGUCCAAGCGAAUCGCGCAAUGACAGGCGGAGGCGAAAGAUUCGAACGACCAGAAUACGACGACGACGAAGAAUCAAGCGGUCUCAAGGACGGGUUCGACUGGUACAUGUCCCCUUCCAACAGGUCCAAAUACGAGGACAUCUACACUUCUUCCCGGAAUCCCCGGAACGGCCUCAUCUCCUUCAACGACCUACACGAUCUCUACGACUCCCUCGACGUACCCGAUACCGACGUCCGGAGCGCCUGGAAUCUCGUGAACCCCAAGAGCGAAGAGGGGAUCAACAAGGACGCCUGUCUCGUAUUCCUCCACAUCCUCAACAACCGCCAUGAAGGCUACCGAAUCCCGCGGAGCGUCCCUCCCUCCUUGCGCGCGACGUUCGAACAGGGCAAGAUAGAAUACAACAUCGACCGCGUGAAUGCGCAACAGACGGCCGCGGAUCGCUGGGGCACAAAACGCGACGAUAGCACUGUGAGUGGUAAGAAGGCGAAAUUCGGGGACACAUACCUCUCGCGCUUGGGAGUGGGAGAACGCGCGCCAAAGGGUACAGAUUUCAGCAGCACACCACGCGACGGGGAAUGGGAAGAAGUGCGGUUGAAGAAGCAAUUGAAAGAGAUAGAAGAGAAAAUGGUCAGGGUGGAAGAAGCCGCGAAACGGAGACGAGAUCGUGGCGGGAGAAGGGAGGAUUCGAAACCUGCGUUGGUGAAGAGAGAAUUGGAGCAGUUGCUUGAUUAUAAGAGAAGAGAAUUAAGAGAACUGGAAAAUGAAGAUCCAACAUCCAAGCCUGGGGGUGGUUUGAAACAGUUCCAGGAGGAGAUCAACAUGGUGAAAGAGCAGGUGGAUGGCCUGCAGGAACAUUUGAGGAAGAGGGAAGGUGUGUUGCAGGGAUUGAGGGAGCAGAUUGAGACUGAGAAAGCCAGUGCAAGAUGA